UACAAAGCAGCAUGCUGGUGCUGACAGGGGAGAGAUCUGUAUUGCUUACAUACAGACCUCUCCCCUGUCAGUGUUCGCCGGCGGGGAAUCUCUGGCCGGGACCUAGUGAUGGUGAUGCAGGUAGGACGUGAGCGCGCCCCUUACCCAGAAAUACAAAAUCAUGUAUGUAUGUGUGUGUGUAUGUAUGUAUGUAUGUAUCCAUUCAGAAAUAUUGUGAGAGCUUGUGAUUGUCACAGCUUGUCACAUGGUACAAGGCUGUUGUGAAUAGCCUUGUACCAGGUGACCUCUGUGAUCAUUCACAGAUUUCACACGUA